AUGGAGUUAGAAAAAAACUAAGAUUUAAACAAUAGUGAUGUCAAUGAGAAAAGUUUUCUCUCAAAACAGCUUGAGGUUUAUAAAAAGAUAUAUAUAGGAGUGGAGUAAGAUGAAAUAGAGAAAUAAAUACAAAUAUACAAGUAGAUGGCAUCAUUUUAGUGCGCAGCUCCUAUUAAAAAAGAAGAAGUUUACUUUAAAUGCUUAGAUUGCUCUACAUAGCCUACUCAUUGCAUUUGCGAAAGUUGUUUUUUUGCUGGAGAUCAUGAAAAUCAUAGCUUUUUAUACUUUAACAAGCUAACUGGUGGAACAUGUGAUUGCGGUGAUCCUAAUCUUUCAUAGCUCCUUUUGUGCAAAAAGCACUAGAAAACUAGCUUAGAAGAUAAAAUAAAAUAUGAACACGUAGUUAAACAAGAGUACAAGAACAUGAUAAAGGAAUAUUUCUAAUUAUAAUUUGUAUCUAUUUUUAAGAAAAUUGAAUAGCGUUGCUGUGAAAAAGAUAUGUCAUAAAUAUCAAGUGAAAGCGAAAUAAAUGAAUUUUAAAAUUUGAUUGAUGAAAUAAAAGUAUUUAUUUCUGAAAAUGCAAGUGGAACUCUCAUUUUAUCUAAAGUAUUAAUGGAACCAAUACCUUCUUUUAUUUGCAAUCAUGCAUGUGACUCAAUAGAUGAAAGCUAAGAGCAUUUUUAAAUUAUCAGUAAAGCUAAAAUAGAAGAUCAUCAGUGCAAAUGUUCUAUUUUAAAAAAUAUUUUUAGAUAUAUUAAGUUUUAUGGAACGAAAUUAGAAUAUGAAAUAGAACUUACUUUAAAUCAUUUCUUUAUUAACUAAGAUUUUAAAUUAUAUUUAAUAUAAGUAUUUUGUGAGAUGUUUAACUUUAUGCUUUUAAACUACUCUGAAGAAUCAAAGUUAUAUCGUCUUUUUUAUCAGUUCAAUAGCACAACUUGUUAUGAAACGUUCUUACAAAACACUUAUAAGAGAGGGUAUUUAUUCAAUUCACUAAAAAAGCUUUAAGUUUAUACAUUGCCAUAGGAUUAUAAAGAUGCUAGAUAAAAAUACUUCUUUUUCUAUUUUCUUCUAUACUUUUUUACAUCUAAUGAUUAAAAUCCAAUAACUUGGUAGAAUAAUAUCCAAUGUGCAGUUUAAAUUAUUAAAUCAAUUUGCUAAAAUGGAAAAUGCUAAAAUUUUGGCGCUCAUUUCAUAAUGACUCGUUUAAUUUAAGACUACUUGUUCUUACAAGUAGUAUAAGAGGCCUUCAAGUCUUUACAUGAUAUGCCAGAAGAAUCAAAGAUGUAAUUCUAAGGUUAAGUUCUUAUUGCCAUGCUUGAACUUAUUGAAGAGUUUUAAAAAUAGGAUUAACAACAUUAGGAAAGAAUAGAAUGUUACAAAAAAUGCAUAGUUUUAGAAGACGAAAUAAUAGAUUUAGUAGAGCAAAAGUUAUAGAUAAUAAAAAAAGAAGAUUUUGAAUAGUAUUAGCUAAAAAUUUUUAAAGGCUUAGAGAAUAUGAGGUUACAAUAAAUAAAUAUUUAUUAUUCUUGUUUAUAAGAAUUAAAAAUAUAUUUAGAAGCUGUGCAGGAAAGCUAAGAUUAAACAAACGAUUAAGAGUAGGAAGCAGAUAUGUAACAAAGUGAUUAAAGCGAUAAAAUCGAAGAAGAUAGUGAUUCUGAGUCAAUAGAUGAGAUUAAUGUAGAAUUAAUAAGAGUGCAUAAUUUAUUCUUUCAAAGAAAUAGUGACAAAAAUUAAAAUUCAUAAAACCAAUUAUUAUUCUCUACAUUCUACACGGUUAAUCAAAAAUAAAGUGCAUCAUUCAAUAAAUUUACUUCAAAAAUUGAAUUUUAUGAAAAAGAGUAGUGUCCACUUUUUAAUAAUAAAUAUAGAGUUAUAGGGUUGAUAUUUGCUUAAAUCUGCAUACAAAGUGAAUCUAUUGAAUAAGCAAAAUAAAAAAUACUCAAUUUAGUAUAAACAUAUGGCAGCUAGAAUCAAAUAGCUAGUUUUUAGAACAGUCUUUUAUUUAUUUUAAAGCAACUUUCAGAGUGUUUUGAAUAUGUAAGGCAUCAUGAUGAAAAAAUAAUGGGCUAUAAUGAUUAUCAGGCAUUAUAUAAUGAAUUACCAGGAAAUAACGCAGAUAAGGUGCCUAUAGAAAAAUAUUACAUGAAUCCAGAUUAUAACUUAUAUGAUAAUGACAUAAUGACAAUGUAGACUAUUUUAAUAUUAGUCGAUCCUAAAUUAUACGCUUAAAGUAUGCUUGAAGGAAUGAAAAUUUCACCAGAAGAUCAAAUUAUAAGGUUUGAUGAGCAUAGAGGACCAUUUGAUUAAGAUUUGGAUUAACUUUUAAUAUAUUUUAAGAGUUUAAAAGAGCAGUCAUUAGACGGAAAAUAGCCUUUAAUCAUCAAAUAAAUAAAAAAUUUCUUGAAAGUUAUCUUGAUGGUAGGUAUAGAUACAAAUAGUUAACUGAAUUGCCUUCAUAUUUACAAAGAUAUUUUUGUGAAAUGGAUGAAGCCUUAUUUGAAGAAUGCUUUAAAUAUCUGCUUCAAUUUCAAUAAAAAGUAAACAUUUCAAACUUUAAAAGAGCAAUUAACAAAUUUAAAGAUUAACAAAUAAGUCCCUGUUAAGUAUAGCAUUCUAAGCAUCGUUAAGUUACAAGGAGACUAUUUCGAGAGACUUCCAAAUUUAAAGUUCGUAUUUGAGCCUUUUGAUUUUUUGAGAGAUAAGAAACUUCAUAAUGAGUAUUAUCAGCUCUUAAAGGAAUAGUACACAAACAAUUAAGAAAUCGAUUAUAUUCUAGGAAAUUAAUUCGAAACAUUAGUAGUUGAAAGUUAGUUUGUCAAAGAAAUAUUCGAUAAUAUUUGUUAAAGUGAUGAGAUACUUUGUAUAGUAUACAAAAUUUUAACCUCAAUCGAAACUAUUACUUAUGAAAGGAUGUUCUAGGAAUUAAUUUAGUACUCAUUAAAGUAUAUCUACUGUUAUUUGUACAUAAAUAAAAUUAAUCAUAGUAGCGCAAUUAGAAGUUAGAGAAUCAUUUAUUUAGCUCAAGACUAAAAUUUAAUAAAAAACCUAUAGAUUUUAAAAGAAGAGAAAGAGCUUUUUAAAACUAUUGAUAAAAUAGAGUUUUUGAUUAAAGAAUUAAGGUAAUUAAUUCAGAUAGAGCAGAUUGGAUAGAUUACUAGUAAAGAUCUUGAAUUUAAUAAUUCGAAUAGCACUAAAGAAGAAGAUGACAGAACGAUAUUUAAAAAAAGAGCUAAAGAAGCUCAAUAAAGAUAACUUUUAAUUAUGAAGUAAAAAACAGAGAGAUUUAAGGAAAAUAAUUUAAAUGAAGUAGAGAAUAGCAUAAGUAUCGAAUAUGAAAAGGCUAAGCAUGUUUGCAUGUACUGUUAAGAUCCUCACAGCAAUGAAUUACAAGUCAUUUAGGCAUACAUAGAAAAAGACAAUCUUGAUCAAUUUACUAAUAAAUAAUUUAAAAUUCCAUAUGACAACAAAUCUCGCUACAUAAUACAAAGUUGCUAGCAUACUUCACAUUAUGAUUGCAGAGACAAAGCAAAACUAACACAAAGGUAUAAAUUAGGCGCAUUAGUGCCAAAUGGGACACGUAGAAAGGUAGAGGGAUUCUGCUUGCAAUGCAGAUUUUUAUUUAAUAUUGGUAUACCAUUUAUCGAGCAAUACCUGAAAAAGACUCUUACUAAUGAAAGUGAAUAAUAUCCUAUCGCUUUCGAAUCAAAAAGUCAUUUCUGCGAUAUAGAACAACUUAAAAGCAAGUUUUAAAAGUAAAUUAAUUUGGGAGAUUCUUAAAAAGAAUUAACUUCCGAUAAUGUAUAGAAUAGUAUAUUACUUUUUUUAAAUAAUUUGUUCAUUAAUUUCGAUGAAUAGGAUGAUUUCAGCAAAAUUAAGAUUUUGAUGGAAAGUUUAAUUUUUAAUCUCUAAUAAGUAUUUGAGCAAGGUAUGGAUAUCUUCUUUAAAAAGAAAAAACUUAUUAGCUCAAACAUAUACUUAUGCGCAAAGUAUUUUAUUUAAAAUACUCUCGGAAAAGACUUUUUUGAAGCUUGUUAGUAAAGUUUAAAAUAGAUAAUUGAUUAAAACUGGUCAAUUUUAACCUGCUAGCUAACAUUUAUAGAUAGAUUCAUUACCAAUCAAUAAAAUCAAAAAACUAAUUGCUUCUCUGAUUUAUCUGAUAUCUAUCUAUAAACUUGUUUCUGUAUAGCUAUCUCUGAAAAAAAUGAUUAUGAAGCAGCGGUUAAAAUUUGCUUAUUAAGUGAAAUUGUAUUCUUCAAUAUUGUUUCUAUUAAUUCACGCAUUCUAACUCUAAAGUCAUUUACUGAAAAUGAAAUCUCCCACAAUGAGAUGCUAGAAAUACACGAAAAUCAAAAUGUUUAAGACUAGUUGCAAACUAAACUAGCUGACAACAAUAAAUCUCUUCAUAUCUAAUAAAAUAAUAUGAGUACUUAAUAUCAUAAUAACGAUACUUAAGGAAAAUAACUUCAUUCUCUCUAAUUAGUAGAUCAGUAUUUAAAGAAUGAAGAAUAUAUGAGUUCUUUAAUGGGGUAUAUUUAACCUUGGAGUAAUUUAAUAACAAGCACUUUACUGACACUUUAUUAUGUGAAAGGUGACGAUGAUCUUGAAGAUUUAAUACUCUCUGAUAGCCGCUAAGUUGAUGUUGAUGCACAAAUUUAUUAAAAGCAAUGCGUUAUGUUUAAAUUUUUAAAGAUAAAAAGUGAAAUGUUAGUAUCAGGAAUUUACGCAUUUGACUUAUUUAUAAAAUAAUCAAACAAAAACUAUCAAAUUGAAAUAGAAAAUUCACCAAGCAGGCUACUACAGAAUAUAUAAUACUAUGAAUCAAUAAAAUAUAAUUUAACAGAGUUAGGAAUAGAUUUUAAAGAAAAUCACUCAAAGUUUUUUAAUAAAAGAUGCAGCCGUUGCAACUCAUACCCUCAUGCAGCUAAGUCUGAUUUAUGUGUUUGUUUAAUUUGUGGAAUUUAAAUAUGCAGUAUAACAUGUGAAAAAAAAAAUAUUUUUUCAAAAGAUAAUGAGACAUUAAUGAGGACACAUGUUGGAAACUUAAAUACUCAUGCAUUAGAUUGUCAUGAAGGAAAAACAAUAUUUUUUAAUAUUCUUGAAAAUACUUUGAUUUUAAUUGAUAGUCCUAUGACUAUAGAAUACGAUCACCUAUAUUUCGAUUUAAUUAAAUAGCCUAUGAAGAUCGAUAUUAUGGAUUAUUCUUCUGCUAAAAAUUGGGGGGAAUACAGUCUUGAUAAAUAGAAGCUUUAAUUUUACUAAAGCAUGAUAAUUCAAAGAUAGAUACCAAAUAAAAUUAGAUCAAUAAUAUAAUCAUCUACUUAAAUUAUAGAAUGCAAACACAAUAUUUUAUGA